GUCAUCGGAAGAUCAUCAUUGGCCUGGCCUUCCUCUCGAAAUAGUUGUCCAUAUAGGGGAGCAAGUCGUUCGGCAAAUGGUGUUGUUGAAGUUACUAGGGAUUGUACACUGCGACGUUAAAAUGGAUAACGUAUUAAUAAGAUCAGCGCAUAAGGAGAAACCGAUAUGGCUGAUAGAAGCGGUCUUGGCGGACUUUGGUUGUGGAAUGUACGAAAGGGAUGCUGUGCAUAAACAUGUGCAAAGUCGCUAUAACCGCUCGCCCGAGGCGAUUUUAGAACUGCGCCCGUAUACGUGUGCAAUAGACAUGUGGUCCAUCGGAUGCAUGUUGGUGGAAAUGGUCACCAGAAGGCCGCUAUUUCAGAGUACGGAUGAGCUGCAUCAACUCCAUGUGAUAACGAGUGUACUCGGUCCGGUGCCUUUUGAAAUGCUGGAUAGGGCGGUUC